UAUCUUCCAUCAUGACUACAGCAGCAGUGUUCGGAUGUACCGGCGCCGUGGGGAGCCACAUCCUCGGUGCCCUUCUCGACAGUAGUGCCUUCGCCUCUGUUAAGACAAUCUCACGGCGUCUGCCAAAGGAUCAGUCGUCCAAGCUUGAGGCUCGCCAGGAAGCCGACACGUCAAAGUGGGGCGGCAUGAUCUCUGACCUCAGCCCCAAGCCGUCGGCCGUCUUCAACGCUGUAGGCACCACUCGGGCUACAGCCGGCGGGAUCCAAAACCAAUGGAGCAUCGACCACGACCUAUGCAUUGAGAACGCCAAAGCGGCAAAAGAGGCAGGCGUGAAGACCUAUAUCUUCAUUUCCAGCGCGGGCACAAGGGGUCUGCUGAGCGCGUACGUACCGUACAGCAAGAUGAAGAUUGGUGUCGAGGAUGCUAUCAAGGAGUUGGACUUUGAGCAAGCCAUUAUCCUGAGGCCGGGUAUGAUUAUUGGCGAGAGGGAGAAACCCAAGGCGCCGAUGCUGGAGAUGCUCAUCGGAAAUCUGCACAAGAUUAGCCCGUGGCUCCAGGACAUGAUAGGCCAGGACCAGAAGAUCAUCGGAAGGGCGGCAGUAGCGGCUGCAAGCCUUGGGGAGGAGGGCAAGGCGCCCUCAAAGUACUGGAUCCUCGAGCAGGCUGAUAUUGUAAAGUUCGGCAGAGACGAGUGGAAGGAGUGACGAGGCUUGUGACUGACUAUGGCGCCUUACUACACAGCGCAUUCGUAGGAUGGGAAGUCUUCUGGCGAGAGUCAAGUGUGCAGGACUAUUUAGCACCAAAUUGAUUUGAUCAGCUGGUGUUGGGCUCUCCCUGGAGUAGUUUUAUCGCAUUUUUGCAAAGAAACACAUUCACCCUUUCUCCGCAGCAUAGACGUCAACCACAACAGAGACACGAACAACAAGCGCCCACCUCACUCAGUUUGACCGAAAGGCGCUACAGAGAUUGCUUGCACAACAUGCAAGACGUUCUAUGCAGAACAAUACAUUCUUCGCUUACAUCCACGACGGUAAAGCCCCAG